AUGGCGUUCUUCCAAUUGGGCAGCAAGGCAUUGCAACCACUGGAACCACUUAUGAAGGACUGCUUUGACCAACUAAAAUCGAUGAAGUCUUCUUUCGCUGAAAUGCAACAGCAGGACGAUGCGGAUUACGACAUAUCUGUUAAAAAAAAAGCCGAAGUGUUUCUCGAUGAAUAUAUCGCCUUUCAGAUUAAUGACCUAAAAAAGGACUCAGAUUCGCCCAAUAUGAGAAAACGGAGCACCACUGAGGUGACCAAAUCUGGCUACCUCUUUGUGGGAGAGAAGAAACAGUUCGGAUACACAUGGGAUCGGUCGUACUUCUACAUCAUUGACGGAGUGCUCAUGCGGCAGUCCAACCACACGCACAUGACUACCUUAGAUCCCUCGGGCGUAGUCUCAGACGGUAUCGAUCGCACCGCUGACAUGCUGCCCAUUCUGUCGGCCAUCAUGACCAACUCACCCACGUGUGCAGACUGCGGAGAGCCAGGGGCGGAUUGGGUGAGUAUCAACAUCGGGGUGGUCAUCUGCAUUCAAUGCUCAGGCAUUCACAGGAGCCUUGGGGUCAUCAUAUCGCAGGUACGGUCGCUAACGCUAGACGCCUGGAAACCGGGCAUGCUCACGAUUCUGACACACACUGACAAUCAGAGAGUGAAUGAGAAGUACGAGCACAUCAAGCCCCACCAUGGCGACACCAAACCAACGCCUGAUAGCCCUAGAGAUGAUAAAGAGUCCUGGAUACGGCAGAAGUACGUGGACCUAGUGUUUAUGCGCAAGCCAGACAAACUGCAGAUUCUAGUAUGUUAUUUCUACAACUCUCUCUCAUGUGGAUACUUGCAUAACUGCUCAUUGUUUCGUCAGGGGUCAAAUACAAUCUGUCCACUAAUUUGUUUCACUAGCUACCUGGCCCGUUUCCAACUCCAGGGUGACAAAUACGUCAUACCAUCGUUGAUAUCUUUACAGUAAAUAGUCUACGCCUUCGUCUUUCACUUCGUUGAGUCGUCUUCAUAUCACAAUCGUUACCGAUAAUCAGUGGUUG